UCACAAAGCUAGGACUUACACAUUAAUUAAUUUCAUCACUCAAACUCCUUUUGUUUGCUCUUCGAUGGCAGGAGCAUCUUUAGUCACUUCUUCUUCUUCCUCUUCUUCCAAUGUAUCAUUGAUUUCAACGAGACCUCAAGUAUUCAUCAAUUUCCGAGGAAAAGAGCUACGCAAAGGCUUCAUCAGCUUUCUUGUGCCUGCCUUGAAAGACAAUAACAUCAACGUGUUUAUAGACGAUCAAGAGGAGAGGGGCAAAUAUCUAACUAGCCUGUUUGAUAGGAUGGGUGAGUCGAAAAUAGCGUUGGUUAUCUUCUCGGAAGAUUACACCGAGUCAAAAUGGUGUUUGGAUGAGCUGGUACAGAUCAAAGAAUGUAUGGAUCAAAACAAACUUCGAGUGAUUCCCAUCUUCUACAAGCUUGAUCCCGCGGUGGUGAAACGUCUUCAAGGAAAAUUCGGCGAUCAAUUCAGGGAUCUGGAAUAUAGAUAUAAACAUAAACCAGAAAGACCCCAAAAAUGGAAGGAAGCUGUGAUUUCUGUUUGCCAAACGUUUGCCUUGUUCUUGCCCGAACACAGUGACACAUCCGAUAAAGAUUUCAUAAUGUUAAUCGUCAAGGAGGUUGGGAAAGUGCUGCCGGAAGGAGGUUUCUCGGUCUCUGCAAGUCAACAUAGUCUCACUAUGAGCGAGGCACAAAAUGAGGAAGCCGUUGAAAUUUACUGGCCAAACAACAUGACUGAAAUUUUCAGAAUAGGAAUCAGUUACCGGGGCUAUCGUACGAGUUCAAAUUCUUGGUUCUCGGGAGACCAAAAGGUAACACUUUCAUGAUUGGCGCAAGGGGACUUUCUAUUACAUAGUCAGAGGAUUCAAAUUAUUGGACCUGGCUCACUCUACCAAACCAAAAUCCAUAGUAAAACUUCUCUUAACAUUAUUUAUUUUUACGAGUUAGAGAGAUA